AUGGCCGAUGACCUUGACGCUGAGUUGCUCGCUUUGGCGGGAGACGACGCCUCUUCAGAUGAAGAGGCUUCCCCCCCUCCCCGCAAGCUUCCUUCCACAUCUCCAGCUCGCUCCUCCUCACCACAAUCUCCCGAACCAACGUCCACUAUGGGUCGCAAAGGCACUGCAAAACCCGUCCGUCGUCCGCGCAAGUCGCGCAGAGACGAAGAUGAGGAAGAAGAUGGCGAAAUUUCUAUUGCCGAUUCUCUUAACUCAGCUAGCAUGUCUGAAUCAGAGGCGCCCUCCGACUCCGAGGGUUCGGACGCAGGAGUGGAAGAUGAGGGCCCGAUCUAUCCAUACGAGAAACUGUAUCAUUCCGCAAAGGACAAGCAAGAGAUUAUGGCUUUGCCUGAGAUUCAGCGAGAGCAGAUUCUGUCUGAGCGUGCCCAAGAGGUAGAUCGCCAUAGCCAGGAUCUUGCUCUUCGUCGUCUUCUGGCUUCUCGAGAGCGGGAGGAGGCUCGCAAAGCGAAGAAAAACAAGCGCAAGGCCAGUGCUGCGAAUUUGGACGAAGGCAGCCGCAAGAGUUCUCGGCAAAAGACGACGCUCGGUGGUCGCAAGGUCGGCGAAGCUUCAGAGGCCAUCGAAGCGUACAAGAGGCAGCGAGAGCAAAAGGGCAAACGCGAUGAACUGCGCCGCCGCGAUACUACGACCAAGGACAACAAGUCAAGAUCUCGAGUCUCCGACGAGGAUGCAGAUGGGGACAGCGAGGUUGAAUGGGAUGAUCGUGAACGUUCGAUAUCUCCUCCCAAGGAUGACCCGCCGGCUGAACUUCGCGACAUUCAGCGAGCUCGUGUAGGCAGGACCAACUUCGCACAGGUUUGCUUCUACCCUGGGUUCGAAUCUACUAUGGUUGGUUGCUAUGUCCGUCUGAGCGUUGGACCAAACGACCAUGGGGUCAACGAAUAUCGCCUUGCUCAAAUUACAGAAAUCAAAGAAGGAAAGAAAUACAGCCUGGAGAAUGCGAACGGUCGAACUUUUUCGACGGAUCAGUACGCUGUUCUUGCCCAUGGCAAAACCACCCGCGCGUUUCCCUUUAUUGCUUGCUCCGACUCCCCGCUCACAGAAGCUGAAUACAACCGAUGGCGACAGGUCAUGGCAGUCGAGGAUUGCAAGAUGCCUACUAAAUCCCAGCUCGCCAAGAAGGUGAUGGACAUCAAUCGUUUGAUCAACCACCAGUUCACCAGCGAGGAGUUGAACGAGAAACUGCGCAAGCAAGGAUCACUAGACACCAAGACGACAUUCUUUAAGCGAGUCGACAUUGAGAAGAAGCUCAAGAUUGCUCAGGAGCUUGGUGACGACGAUGAAGUUGGCAGACUGCAAGUUGAGCUCGCAAACUUCGGCACAAACAACGCCAAACCCCGUCCUGAGAAGAAGAUCUCCGAGCACGAGCGCUUGGCCCAACUGAACCUGCGGAACCAGAAACUCAACUAUGAGAAUGUCCGUCGUGCACAGAUAGAGGAGCGCAAGGCUAGUCGGAAAGCCGCUGCCGCCGCUGCCCGCGGAGAAGGAUCCUUGAACCCCUUUCUACGCGUCAAGACUCGAGCAAAGACUCACUACGAUGCCAACGAAGGGACUCCAAAGUCCGAGAACGGAAGUCCCAGCGUGACUCCUGCUCCCGGCACACCAAGUGCAGGCACGCCAGUCCGAAGCAGCACCCCUUCCAAUUCGCAGAACACGCAGAACAGGCAAUCCAAGGGAGGCGGCGGGAAGAUCCGUCACCGGAACAUGGACGACGAGAACAUCGCCGCCCUGGAUCUCGAAAUUGAUAUUGACAUCUAG